GUGCGCUCCUCACGCCGAGCACAAUGCUAUUAUUAGUGAAUCGAAGUCGCUGUAGACGGUAGAUGGUAGGUGCUGGUGCAGACGCAGUGACCACUGCGGUGGUGUGAAAGCGGCCCAAGGAAACAAAUCACAUCGUGACAUUAGCCACUCAGUGCCUGCACCAUCACAGCAUUUUUCCCUGCAUGUCCCAUUGCUGCUGCAAACCGUCCAUUCCUACCAUAUCUCAUACAUAUACCUGCAGCAGGUGCCCGCGUAUGGUUGCUCAAAGCUCCUCUUUCUUCUUUUCGCGACGUCGAUUCAAUUCUGCGACUAUACCAAACUUUCCUUCCUGUUGUUCCUCAUCGUUCGCAUAUAUCAUCGGUUGUAGAAAGCAGCAAGCCGGCAACGGCCUGGUACCCAGAUACCAAACACCAAGAGCCGCACUUAAUUGCGACACACUUUUCUAAUAAGUCAUCAAAAUGAACACCACCCGUUCGCUUCGAGUGAGCGAGCGGUCGCAUGAGAUGUCACAAAAGACGCAUAUGCACGAUUCGUUCUUUGGAUUGAAGUGUACAGGACUGCGGCCAAGCUCAGUGGCCACGGAGAUCGUGGAUACAGAUUGGGAUCAAGACGAAGACGAUAUCAUCAGUGACAUCGAGGACGAUGAGAGCAACUCACCCCGAAUCAGCUUGAACUCAUCAUCAGGUGGGCAGCGAAGUGUAACGACACUGUCGUCGUACGAGGAGGCACACACGCCCAGGUCGAGCAGGACUCGCGCGGCGUAUCCGUUUGAUUAUGACCCGUCCAAGCCGGUCGAGGGCCCCAGAGGUCCUCACCUUUUCCGAACAUCUUCACAUUCAGCCGAAUUCGAGCAAGCACUCAGUCUUUCGCCCAUCACGCCCAAGGCGCCAGCGCUGUCCGAGGGUGAUUUCCGUUUCUACAUCUCACAUGAGCCGCUACCGACACACUACGAGCCACUGCCGACACGGAGAGGAAGACAAAGAGACAGCGGGCCGUUCCAGUUUAGCAAUGCAGAGUUGGAAUCGAGGGAACUGGUUUCGUGGUCUCCCGAGAUGGUGGCGCAGUGGAUGCUCAACGCUGGCGUCGAGGUCCAGGUGGCCGAGAAGUUCGUCGAGAACGACAUCAAUGGAGCCAUCAUAAUCACGCUCAAGUCGGAGGAUCUAAAAGAACUGCACAUUCAGUCGUUUGGCGUGAGGAUGCAGGUUUGGUCACACAUCUGCAACCUACGAGACAUCCGACCCGAAUCGCCGCGGCCUGAGACGCCCAUCGAGGAUGAGGAGGACAAGGAGGUGCGACGGGAACGCAGACGGAUGGAGGAGCAAGAGGAGCAAGACCACAAGCCCAAGCGGUGUCAAAGCAAGAGGAAGCCCUGCCACGAGGACAUUAUCUCGCCCCUAGAAUCUGUCUCAAUUGUGGGCAUCGAGCAGGUCAUGCCCAAGCCACACCACUGCUCCAAGGGCGAGAACUGUUCCAAGUGGAGGAGGCAACAGCGCAUGAUCGAGGCGUUCAAGAAGGACCACCCCUUCGUUGACGAGGGCGGCGUAAUCAUGGUGGCAGGAGACCCAGGCAACGCGGCGUCGGCCCCAGCACUCAACCGCCCGUCAUCGACCGAAGUGCUGAGGCCUUUCUCGGAUGCUGUGCCAUCAGUCGUUGCAUCUUCGGAUGUGCUUGGUCCUGGUCCUGGCAUUAGCCCCUUCCAGUAUCUGCAAGAAGCCACCCUACGCAGCGUCCAGCAAAGAGAUCCCCAGGACAAUGUCAAGCAGUUCCUAGAUUUCCAACAUCAGCAUGUAGCGGCCGGCUCGAGCGACGUGCCGCCCACACCACCCUUUGAGAUGCACCCCUCAGCCGCGCCCGCGCAUGAGGGUCUUCGAGCUCUGCCGAAACUGUCGAUACCCGGAAAGCAAGCGGCCAAGAAAACAUCCAUGCACGCACCUUCCAAGUCGUCCAACCUGUCGCGUGAGUUCACUCCUUACCGCAUGUCCAAAGCCGAGCCUUUGGCUGAUGACUUGGCAACACCCGUGGGCCCUUAUCGCUUUGGUACUCCCUUCUCCGAGAUGGAUGUCCCUGUGACCGCCAUCGACCUCGGCCCUGUAGCUCGCGAUGCGUCGCAAUCCGUUCCUCCCGACAUGGGAUACCGGGCGCCAGCAGUGCCCGUCCGAUCUUUGUCGCGAGCCUCCAAGCGGCCAUCCUUCCAGGUCAUGGCCCCCUUGGACGAGAACGCCGCAACCCCUCUCGUCCACAAGAAGCCCCAGCCCCUGAACCUCUCUCACCUAUCUACCCCCAAAUCACCACCCCGCGUCCCCAGCCGCGCCGGCCAACAGCCCCUCCAGGCCCCUCCCAGGGCCCAAUACCCCUGGUCCGCGCAACCCCAACGCACCGCCUUCGAGCGCACCCUCCCCGUGGGCGAGCCCUUGGACGGCACCAUCAAGGACGCCGAGGGCAUCGCAUACCAAGGCCCUGUCCGCAAGCGCAAGACCAGGAUGCUGCGACAUGAGUGGCACGACCAUUACGCCACCCUGAAAGGCACCCGCCUCGCCAUCCACAAGGACGCCGCCUCGCGCGAGGAGCGCACCCUCGAGUACAUCGACGUCGAUGACUAUGCCAUCGCCUGCUCGUCGCUCGCCUCCUCUAAGCUCAACGCCGCCUUCAAGGCCAUGAGCAUCUCUCGCGGCAACAAGGACAACAAGGACGUCGCAGCCUUCAGCUUCCAGCUCAUUCCCCAGGGUAAGGAAGGACUUCUCGGCGCGCGUCUGCGCAAGCGCGAGAGCAGCUUGGGGUCAGCACUUCUGACUGCUGGUCCUGAGGGUGUCAAUGGCACGGGCAAGACGCACCAUUUUGCUGUGCGCAGCCGUGAUGAGCGCAUUGAUUGGAUGAGGGAGCUCAUGCUCGCCAAGGCCCUCAAGCAGAAGGGCGAGGGGUUCGAGGUCUCGGUUAACGGAAACAUGAUUUAGGACGACUGUGCCUAUCUAUCUAUAUCCAUUCACUGGUAUUCUUGCUGCUUUUUUUCCCCUCUCCCCG